GGGUAUGUAUGACAUCGAAAUCUUUAACUCUAUGUGAUUGUUCAUCUCGAGGGAAAAUAUAAAAAGGGCUAAAAACCGAGACACUAUGAACUUAAACCUCGGACAAUUAAGGAAAAAUGGAGAACCUGUUGUUGUUCGGGUGUGCCCUGGUUGCUAGAGGGAUUUUUUUAAUCACGUAGAAUUCGAACAGCGUAGCCGCGACAACAAGGAGCAGCGUGCCGAGAAAAAAAGGCCUUUGGUCGCUUGAGUUACCAGCCUCAUUUCCAAGCAAUUUUGAGGAUCGGUUAUAUCACCAACACGGUUUUAGAGCCAACAGUUAGCUGGCGAAAUUUAUCCAAACGUUUUUCGCAAAAAUCGGGUGUAGUUUUCCCAUGGGAAGAAACUUACUGUGGUGUAUAAUAAAUUCCAGCUUCUCUAGAUCUGGUUGUGGGGAAUUAUACUGAUUCUAUGACAAAACGAAGAACGACAAGAGAGCGAUUGUUAUUCGCGUUACUGUCCUGUUCGUUUGCAUGUUCAGUCAAGACUAAGCACAGUUAUCAUUAUAACCCUGACAACGAUGUCAGAUGUACAAAGAACACAUUCUUUUAAUGAAUACAUUUAAGCAAAGCUUCUUCCUGAGCAGAUUUUAAUUGUUGGAAGUUUGAACCUUAAAAAAAAAACGUUUGCAUUAAUCAUGAAUAAUAUUUCUGAAAGAACACCCUUAGCCUGCAUGCUGUAGUUAGUUUUGAGGAAGAAACGAUUUUCAACCAGCGAAAUAUUUUGGUCUAUCCAGUCAAGGUCGCGGCUGUCGCUUUAACUAGAGAGACUAAUAAUCAACCCUGUUCCAAUUCUAUCUAAAGAAAGCUGCUCGUUCUUUCGACAAAGAUCACUUGUUGGUGGCUUGUAUAAACCGACCAGAUAUUUCGGAACGGAUCUAUGGAGCGGGGGUUGUUUCAUGGGGGGAGAUUAUAACCCAAAAUAUAAAUGAUAGAAAUAUUAUGGCAUGUAUUUCUGCUUCAGACCUGUGACGUGACUUGUUUUUCAAAGAAUGUAAUGCUUACCUCGAAAUAUUUACGACAUCAAUUUAGCACAUUUGAGGCUAUGUUCACACCAUACCAGAGAGCUCCUUCGCCGGUACGAAAACCACACCGGAUAGAGCUUCUGUUCAGACACAAGAACGGUGAUUUCGGGGCGAUUUCUGUUAAGAAUCAAGCAAGCUGCGCCGUGCCGAUCUCGAAAGUGGAGCGUCACAUAUUGGAUAAGUUCUGUGCCUUAUUUUUGUGCUGUGUGAACGGGUAUUCAGACCGCAGUGGAAGUAAAUAAGUAGUAGCGAGGACUGCAGUGGAAUCCACUGAUACAGAAAUACGUAUUCAUGAGUAAGGAAUGGGAGUUAGUUAAACCAAAUCCUCUCGGCCCACUGCACCGACACUGUUUGUGAACGGCGUUGCUGUUAAUACCAUAAUGGUUAGCUUUUCGUGUCGGCAAGAAAAACUGUCCGGUAUAGUGUCAACAUAGCCUGAGUCUUCAAAAUAUCAGGAAAACUUCAGUUUUUAUAGGUAAAGGAGCAUUACUUUUUCACCCAAAAUGAAAAGAUAACAAUAUGUUUAGUUACCUACUGUUCUUUUGCACGCCUCUUCUCCAAAAAUGGCGAAAAUUGACGUCUUCCAUUGGUGGAAAAAUAAGUUUUGGCUGCCACAAAAUCUUGAAUUUCCCGCCAAUAGAAGGAAUGAUGCCACGAAUGAGAGGGACAGUUUGUCCAGCAUGUUCCAAUAUAGCGACUUCCCCCGUUUUGUUCCCCUAAAAAUCAAGUAAUUCCCCCUAAAAUUCUCCCCACCCCCAUCUCCCCAGGCGAUAAAUAAUGACCGGUCCCUUAUCUUUUCUUUUGCUCUUAAAAAACUAGUGUCCUUUCCCAAGUGAACUUUUCCUUUAAUGCAUGGCAAGCCCAGAGCAGAGAGAGUCCUACAUUUGGCUUUAAACUUUGAAACAGAUAUAAAAAAUAUGUUGAGUUCAAUCCUUUUAUUCUUAACUGCACAUAUAUGUUAUCACAAUUUUGAUACACGAAAAAGUAAAAUACUGACUUCGGAAUUGACGUAUAUUAGAAAAGCACUCUGCUGGAUGAGCAACAGCGAUUUUCGAAGGAGAGUAAUAUUCUUUUCGAGGAGCUCUUAAUCAAAACACAACUUGAGUUGUUUAGAUUUAUCAGCGUACUGCACUGAAAUAUACUGUUUACCAAAUGGGCGUGAUCUAAAAUCUUUUAAAUUACGAUAAAUGUCUUGUCAGGUUUAAAAGAAAAUCCCACGGCUUUGCAUGGAACAAUUUGCAAUUGUGCUCUCUUUUUUGUUUAUUAUGCGGUCAUAGGUAUUGCAGGGGCAUUCCAACUCAACUUGAAAGACAUUCACAAAUCCAGUGUAUACGAAGUCCGAGAGCAUGAUGAUUCAGGUAUUUUUCGAUCCAAGUACAAUGUACUUUCCGCUAAUGACACACACGUUCACCUGCAUCGAACCUGGACGAACAACGACUACCAGCAAUUUGCGGAUGGUACUUCCGCAAAAGGCCGCCACAAGGUUCAAUCUCUCCAUAGUGCUCAUGUUCAUUUGAAAGACGGAAAAGUCAAUCAAGUUUACCGCACAAACGAGGCAUUCUUCAGACCUCCUGAUGGACAUCCGAGAGUGGAAAAUUUCAAAGAUUUUGGGGAUCAAGAGCAAGAUAUCGAGAUGUCAACCAAAGGAUAUAGCAAGCUAACGUUACGUGAUUGUGCCGAGCCCGAGCAUCUACGUUCUAAGCGAUCCACCGUCCAAGAGGAGCAUCUACAAACGGUACGAUCGCUCACAAGUGAUAGUCUUCAAUUCACACAAACGGAGAAGAUCAAAUGGUCCAAGAUGGGCGGAGAGACGAAAAAGAAGCCGAGGCUUUUGUAUGAGGUGUUACGUUGUUUUACUGACAAGAGCAUGAAGGAGCGUGAGAUUGCUGACUGUUCUAAUGAGCUACAUGGCAUGGUUCGUGACGACAAAAAUACUUUUCGCUCGAUCGUGAAACUGGUUCAGGACCGUAGUCACCAAAACCUGACGUCUCUGGCAGUGUAUGCGGCCGCCCUUGCUGGACAUGGCAAAUACGAGGCCCAGAAUGCAUUAGCACAAGCGUUGAAGGAUCAAUACCCGAGACCUCUCAGUAGAGAAGAAUACGAAGCUUUGCUUUUAGGAAUCUUCCACCUCCCAGAAGGACCACUUCACUCACAACUGUUUGAUGCUUUGUCACAGCUCAUGUCCGAGGAGGAAAAAGGAGAUGAAGUUACUGCUACUACCAUGCUGGUAUUAACCGGCCUGGCUGCUAGAGCCAAGACAUCAGGGUACAAUGAAACUCUGUGUGACAACGUAGCCCAAAUGGUUCACAACAGAUACAGGAAUAAAUCAGGCCUUUACCAUCCUGAUAGCGACGAUCACGAGAUGCAGUUGAGGGACCACAUCUGGGCCUUUGGAAACCUUGGUCAUCAUUCUGGUCUUUCUGUUAUCUUGAAGCACAUUGAUCAUGAUAAUUCUGGUAUCCGCUCAGCGGUGAUCAGUGCCAUGCGCAAACUUCCCCCUGAGCAUACUAAUCAUCAUCUCAUGCGCUCACUUCACGUUGAUGAACACGCUGAUGUAAAAGCUGCAGUCGUUGAUGUGUUCGUUGAGCGCCACCAACGUUUAAGCGACUCAGUGGUCCAAAGCUUGGAGGAAGCAUUAUGGCACGCUCCUGAAGGUGAGUCCUUGGAUUCUUCAAUAAACGAAUUUCUUGAAAACCAUGGUGACCACCCUAAAGCAGUUUACUUGCGAAAGAAACGGAGUGUAAUUCAUCGGCGUAAGCGUGCACUUCUGCCGUUCCUUCGGCCCAGAGAAUUCGCCCUUGGUCCUUCCAAGCGAUGGGUGAAGACGUAUGGUGGCAAAUGGCUCGGAGCAGAAUCCGCGAUACAGUUCGUAAAUCAAGUAAAAUUGAGAAUUGGUAUCUUUGGUGGGAACUUUGAAGUGAACUUAGACAACAAGGCUUUCGUUUCAGCUUACAUUCUCAAGUUCGGUUUUGACGUUUUACGUGGAAAGGCUGCUUUUAAGGCGUCAGCCAGUUUUAAGAACGACUUUCCGAAAGAUCUUAUUCACGCCGUGGCCGAUGCUGGAGACGAAUUGUUAAAGCAGUUUGAUAGCAUCACAAGCGUAAUUGCCGAGCAAAUCAAUAAAUUUAAAGACAAACUUGCUGGAUUUCUUCCUUUACACAUUAACAGGUUCGUAGAAUUCGUUAAUAAAAUUGUUCUCUUUGUCCAGAACCUUGUUAAGCCUUUGAGACCGAUAAACGUCAUCGGAAAAGUUAUCAAGUUUGCCAAAGAUGUUUUGGGCCGCGUUAAAAAUUGGAAAUGGCUGAUAGACAAGAUCAAGAAGAUACAACAAACACUUGGAAGGCUGACUGGUGUGGAUGACAUUUUCAAUAAAGUAAUUGCUACACUAGAUAAAAUCUUAAACGUAGUUGGUAGCAUUACCAAGUAUUUGCCACACAAUCUUCCGAAAAACUUUAAUAUAAAGAAACUGCUUGAUCUUCUUCGCUCAGUUUCUGUAGAUCUUCAGUUUGACAAGAUAAAAGAAUACUUUCGAUCAUUACGCAUCUCCGUGCCUAGUGGAUUCCACUUACAACUUCCCUUCAGAUUCUCAAUUCGCUUGUCACAUUCUCUAGAGUCGUUUGAGCAAGUCACUUUGAGGCUCCUGAAAUUUGCAAAUCGUUUCUUGGAUAUGACGGCACUGCUAGAUCUUCUACAAGGAAUCAGGUUGCCCCGAUUGCAGUUACCAAACUUGAAUUUGCGUUUUCCGUCUUUUCAAGGAAAUGGAUUUAACUUUGGGCUUCGUUUUAAUUGGAAAAUCAGUUUAAAGUUCCGGUUAGAUCUCAAAUCUCCUAGUUUUCAGAAUUUUCUUACUGUGUUUGCCAAACUUGGAGAAUUCCUGAAGCAGUUUAGGCUUCCGAACUUUAGUCUGGAGACGUUUUUUCAAGAAAUACUACCUGGCAAGACCUUUGAUUUGCGGGAGCUAUUCCGUGGAUUUUGGAGUGGUAGUCACAAUCCCAAUUCAACUAACCCGUCUCAAAUCCUCGAAGAAUUUCUUGGAAAACUUAUAAAUCUACUAGACGUUCACUUUGUAAAUGUAACGGCCAUAAGUGACAUUACAGAUUUCUUUCGAGAGCUAGGGCCAGCAAUGGAGCAGUUUUCACGACAAAGCAUACAACGGAUAUGUGACAUCUAUAAACUGGCAUUAAACUCCUCUCAGGAGUUCAAGGAAUUUGGCGAAAACGUGGAUCAACAAGGAAUCCAGGUACUUCAAGAAGUAGAAAAUACAACUCAAAAUGCACUUUCAGAACUGCUGAAUUUUACAAACCUUAUAGACAACUUAAUAGUGGACGUUGAAAAAAAUUUUACUGCAGUAGCGAAAGGGUUCGUUUCCGACUCUCUUAGACAGCUUAGUGAUAAACUCCAACAUAUUCAAAAUCUAGCGGAUGACAUUGUGGACUUUGCCAACGGGACGGCUUCGAAAGUAAACGGGGCAUGUACUAAAGCCGCCAAUUUCUCUGCUGAAGUCAUUGAUAACGUUCAAAAUAACGCUCGGCAAGCACUUACUGAACUUGGAUCUUUCAUAGGACCAGUGGCAACGACAAUUAAAGCAGUUGGAGCUGACUUGAAAGCUUCUGUUAUUAAAGUUGAAGAUUGGUACAAGGAAAACCUCGCAGUUCGUGUUGGCAAGAUCUCUCGUGUCUCCCAAAUAAUAUCUGAUUUUCUUUCCAUAUUAAACACUAAGAAAGGAUUUCUCAAAACAGUGCGGGAGAUAGCAGCUCGCAUCAAUGAAGUGCUUAGUCGUCUACAGAAUCUUCCUGAGUACGCGAACAAGGCAAGAAAAGCAGCUGAUGAUGUAAUAAAGUUCUCGGAGAGAGCUAAGAACUACAAACGUGAAAUUCAGAAGCUUGAUAUAAGAGAACAGUUCGGAAUUGAUUUUGACCAACGGUUAAGAGAUAUUUGCAGUGAAUUUAAAACCAUUGCGGUUGAGACUCUCGAUAAAUUUGGAACCUACGAUGUCGUAAAAGAAGUGGACAAUUUUUUUAACAAAGAAGCUGACAAGUUUAUAGGGAAAGCCGUCUCAAAGUUUAGAGAAAUUAAAGAACCUAUCAACGAGAUACGAGAAGACCUUCUGAAUAUCAAGACCACCGUGCGUGAAGUGAUAGGGGUUUUAAUCGAUCUAAAGCCUUUUACCAGGAAUUUAUCUCCCAUACUCGAGACGGCAAGAAAGCUGCCGGAUUGUCAGCAAAUGAAGAAGAUAUUUCUUGAUAGUACAAAGCCAUGCGUGCGUAAGGCACUAAAAAUUGGAAAGAACGUUAUAGAACAAUAUGAAGAUUUCAGGAAAGACGUCAAAGUUUUUUAUAGUAUGGUACAAGAUACGUGGAAGAAUUUCAAGAUACAAAAAUGUAUCAAAGGUGGAAGUUGUAUUUCCAAAGCAUUUAUUGACCAAGCAAAAACCAUCAAAGGAAAGGCCGAUGUCCUUAAGGAUACCUUACUGGAAUCUGUUGGUUAUACAGACAUGCUCGAGACAUGCAAGCAUGGAGCUCAUAAUGUCACAGCUGUGUUUGAUAUUGUGAAGCAACUCAUUGAACAGGUUCGUAAUUUUUCUCUCAAAGACGACGUUCAAAGGGUCAGGGAAGUCUUCCAGAAGAUCACUGGUCAAAAAGUGGAAGAAAAGAGUGCAGCUGGUGUUCAAAAAAGGGCAAUAAAUAAUGUCAAACAGCGAAUCGAGAGAAUUGUUGAUUACAUACAGAAAGCAAAGGAAGUAAAAGAGAAAAUGCAGCAUUUAUUGGAGAACACAUUUAAAGCCAUGAAAAAUGUCUACGAUGCUGCGGUUUUGGAACAUGUUCAAGGGCUUGAAGAUGUACGUUCUAAGGUAAAGCUGUCAUAUGAUUUAUGGAAAAAGACCAAAAACAUAAACCAUGUUCUACAGGCAUUAGACACCCUUACUCAAAGUGCUUCACAAUACGCUGACAAACUAAACGACGUCACAAAAUCAUUUUCUAACCCAAUUGUUAACCUUCUGUCUGAAACUGGAGAGAUCACUGAGGUUGUGAAGCCGUUUCUUGACAAGCAGAUAACUAAAGUUACCGAAACUGUAAACAAAGUCAACAGCUUUUUGGACACAGUCACUGACUUUCUCAACAAGCUUCAAGUUCGCCAGCGAGGACUAGAUCUAAGUGCUUACAAACCCUGGCAAGAGAUAGCUUACUGCUCAGCGGAAGUCUGUUUACGAUCUAUCAGGCGAUCGUCAUCGCUUUAUCUCAAGACCAUUUUCACUUGGAAGUUCCCACACCUUGAUGAUCUUUCCUCUAUGCAGGAAAGCGGGCGUUGGCUGACACCCGGUCUUUUUGAUGACUACAAGGUUGAAGGAAUUUCAGAGCUCUCAAGUGGUGAGGUAAUUCUUGGUAUGCAUGGGGUCUCAAGCAACAAGGGUAAAGCUUCCCUGUUGGUAGUCAUGAACCCCGGAAGUGGCGUUAAAAAGAUAAUUCAGCUUGGAAGUCCACAAGGACCAUUUGUGGUGAAAAUUGGAGGUGUCGCGGUAGCUAAAGAAUUCAUUUGGUUUAGCGACAGCGCCUCUAACAGAAUCCACUCAGUCAGAAAGUCUGGCGUAACGGGGUCCUUUUCGACACAAAAACCCUCUUGGCUGGGAAUAUCAAAGUCUGUUUCAGUUGAAGGUACAGCAACGUCCAUUUCGUAUGAUAAGAAUAGCGGUUUUCUGUGGGUAACAGAUGGCAAGAGCGGAAAGGCCUACGGUUAUAAGACGGUGAAUGGGGAUCUAGCAUCUACCGGAUUAGCUCCGGAUAGAGUAAUCACCAUCGGGAGUAAUGCUCAAGGUAUGACUAUAGUAAGACAAUUCGGCGGGGAAUAUGCUUGUAUCUCCAAGUGCGCAAUGAUUGCCGGUUUUCAAUGCAAACUUGAAUUUCAUUCCUUGAAUGAAGGUGACGAGACAGGCGAAAACACGUUAGAAAGAGUAGUCCGGACGCCUUCUGGUUUGGAGUCUGUGUCAAGCGUCGGUGAAAAGUUCGAAGUGGUGGCUGUAGCUUUUUCCAGCGGUACAUUUGCAGAAAAAGAAAAUAUAGAACUUAUGGGCGGGGAUUUUGAAGACCGAUACUUUUAUCUGCGACUGCCCAUCCUGAAAACGACUUUUGGAAUUCAAGAAAAUUGCUUGUUUUUUAAAGUCAUGAGGAAUUACGUUCUCCGACCAAGACGGCUGUUUCCUAUUGGAGAUAUGAUUUGUGGAACAAGAAGAAAACGAAGCAUCACACAAGAGCUGUUAGAAUCGGACGUAUAUUCCGAACAGCUUGAAGAAGUGCAUAGAAAUAGCCGGAUGCGAAGGCAGGCAUCAGACCUAGGGUCGUGCGUCACCUUAUUUAGAGGGAACGUCCUCCGGGGAUAUCAACAAUUUAUGCCAGAGUAUUCACAAAUUAUUAUAGUGUUUGGCAUACCAGUGAGGCUCUUUGCAGGCGCCGGCGGCUACUACGUUGUGGACUAUCAAGGACAAGUGUGUAUGCGCGACAAAACGUUUAGAAUGGGCCUCAUUCCAGGAGCCUGGGUUUCCGUCUAUGCAGGUGCUGCACUCUCCCUUUGGAUUGUAGAAGCUGGUAUCACAAUAGAAGCAAGGCUUCUUGAGACCUACCUUGUACCUGACCUACGAAUAAAGAUAGCCAAGUGGCCUUUAAGGGCUUGUAUCGAGCUCAAGCUUCGGAUGACCCCACUGCGUAUUCGAGUUUGGCUGUGGUAUCGAUUCCGUCUCUGCAUUCGCAUCAGGUGUAAGUUGUUUGGAUGUAGCAUAAAAAUUGCAUGGUGCUCAAAAAAGACACUCGCAGAGUGGUGGUGGUCAGCCAAAUCUGUUGACAGGACCCUAUUCAAUACUUGUCAAAAAGAUGUGGACAGGACGCCUCCUAAGGCGGGAUCUUGCACAGCUAGACAAGCUGCCGACACAAAGUAUUUUAUCCAGUGGCAUGGAUUCCAUGAAGAUACCAAAAUCAACAGCUAUCAUGUUAGAAUCGGAUCUAUUCAGGGGUCUGGGGAUGACUACUCUUCCUGGGUUGGGUCUUCUUUGAGUCUUGUGGUCAACGACCUUCCAAUUAUGCAUGGUAGAGAUAUCUAUGUGAGUGUCCUGGCAACAAAUGAUGGAGGAAUGGACAGUCCUUUGGUAAAUUGCCCGAAGUUUGUUGCUCAGCGUAAAGGACCGCAAAUUCGUUACGUCUACGACGGCGUUACUGCAGGACAAGAUGCCAACUAUCAAUGGGAUACUUUUGCACUAGGAAUGAACUUUGACUUCAGAAGUGAUCCAAAGGACAUUGCUUCCAUAAAGUGGGGUGUCUCCUCAAAUUCCAGCUGUACCUUUGACGAGGCUGAGGCAGACAUUGUCCCAAUGACCCCUCUAGGUGAUCUCACUUCGAUUCAGACUUCCGGUCUCAAUUUAAGACAUGGUCAAAAGUACUUUACUCGCCUUUAUGCCAUGGAUUUGUUUGGAUUAAAAGCAGUGAUGUGUAGUAAUGGUAUCUUGGUUGACACAACGCCUCCUGUUUACGGACAUUUUCAGGACGGUAGUGGCCAAAGUGAUGCGAAUUAUCUUCCAUCGAUCAGGCGAGUUCGUGGAAAAUUUGAUCGUUUUAUUGAUCCAGAGAGUCCUAUCGUAAAGUACGAAUGGAAAGUUGUAAAGAAUGAUUCCGGUGGAGAUGUAACGCCAUUUGUCACUAUUCCUCUAACUCAACAGUCGCCACUUAUGGAAAAUCUCUCCCUUAGAAAUGGCGGAUCGUAUAAGCUUGUACUUCGUGGAACAAACGCUGCAGGACUUCAAGCCAUAACUGCGACAAACGGAUUCGUAAGCGAUAGUUCACCGCCAAUUUGUGAAGGUAAAGUCAUUGACGUCACUAGUAAGACUGGCCUGUCUGACGUGGACUUUAUAAGAGAUUUGAACAGUAUUCAAGCUAAAUGGGCAUGUUCAGAUCGGGAAAGUGACAUUCGAGAGCAACUUGUCGCUGUUGGAACGUAUCCUGGUGGAGACGAUGUCAGAGGCUUUGAAAAGCUUUCCUUUGUUACGCACAAUAUUUCCAAGGAAGGAAUGAUCUUUGUCAGCUUCUCAGACAUCCAAAUCCACCCGAGAAUUAGAUACCACGUAACGGUCAAGGUCAUAAAUGGCGCCACUCUAAAGAAAACUAUUACUUCCGAUGGAAUUCUCAUUGACACUACCCCACCGACUGUAGCUGUUCAAUACAUAAAGGACGGAGUAGAGGGAAAAGACGACAACUUCACUAGUGAAAGAUUCACUUUUAGUGCUCAUUGGGAGCAAGCCUUCGCUGAUGCGGAGAGCGGGCUGGUGGAAUAUCGUAUUGGUCUCGGUAUCAAGCCCGGCCUUUCUGACAUUCACAGUUUUAAGACUGUAGGAACACAAACGAACGCGACUAUUUCAGGACUUCUGUUGAAUAAUGGGCAACGUUAUUUUGUCACUGUGAUAGCUUGCAAUAGUGUUGGAAUGUGCACAAAUGGAAGCAGUGACGGCGCCACUGUAGACUUUGUACCUCCGCACAUAGGAAAAGUUAUAACUGGACUGACAGGCCCUCCAGUAUUUUAUCAAUGGAUGUCUAGUUCUGUGUGGGCGCGUUGGAACUGGUGUUUGUCUGAUGAGAGGAGGGUGUCUGGACUUCUAAACCGCAGUCAUUGUAGCAAUGAUAGUUUCUAUGAUGUUCACAGUGGGGUAGUCAGCUUUGGUAUUUCAGUGGCAUCUCUGGCAACCGAUCAGCUUCUCGCCUCAUACAAGUCGGCAGGUCGAGUUCGUUCAACUGGUCGUAGCAUUUAUCUCGCCGAUGGGGUGUACUCGGUUGCUGUUGAAGCAAAGGACAGAGCUGGAGGUGUUUCUAGGAGUUUGUCAAAUACAUUUAUUGUUGACACUAGCCCUCCUGCCAUUAUUUAUGUACAACAUGGCUAUUACGGUGAACUGCAGGAACAUGUUAAUACACCAUCUAUAACUUUUAAAGCAUAUUUUGAAAUUGAAGAUGAUCUCUCAAAGAUUGCAUCGUACAAAGUUGGAGUUGGCAGUUACGUUGGUGCCGAUGAUGUCAUGAAACUGCAGACUGUUGCAUUAGCCAGGCCCCUAGCUUCGUUACGAAUCAACUGGACAGCAUCCAAUACCACACAUCUGGGAAAUAGCCGACGUUAUUUUAUUACCGUAUGGGUUGUCAACAAAGCAGGCCUUUUCGCCAUCAAAUCCUCUGCACCCCUGCUUUCCGACUCUGAUUCCCCUAAGGGGGGAAUACUUUUAGAUGGAUGGGGCACUACUGACGCGCAGUACCAAAGCUAUUCUACACUCUAUCGGGCACAGUGGUAUGGCUUUAGAGAUUUCUCCGGGAUCAAAGCAGCAUACCUUGGUUUAUCCAGCGAGCCUAAUUCGGCCCACUGUGAUGUCAAGGAAGAAGAAAUUGUUUCCAGCAGUAGGGGAUAUCACAUCUUGUUUGGAUUAAACCUAACCUCUGGCCAUACAUACUUUGCAUGUCUAAAAUUGGUCGACAGAGCUGGAAAUGUUGCAUUUUUCCAGUCGAACGGAGUGCUGGUGGAUUCUACCCCUCCCUUUCCUGGUUCCGUAACGGAUGGAAUGCCAGGCGAAGACCUCGACGUCCAAAUGGAGAUCUCAAUACUCAGGGCUUCGUGGUUCAACUUCAAAGAAGAAGAGACGGGCAUUGUCUCUUAUCAGCUAGCAUUUGGAACAUCUCCUGGUAGUCAGGAUAUUCAAGAAUUCACCAAUGUCGGUCUCGUAAAUACUGCUUCAAGUUCAAGGUUAAAAGUUUUGGAACUAACCAGUAGUCAGCGUUACUAUGCCACCAUCAUUGCUUACAACGUAGUUGGCAUGCCUAGUGCCCUGGUGUCUUCCGAUGGCGUGAUGGUGGAUUCAACGCCUCCAGUUUUUAUAAGACCAGUUUACGAUGGAAGUAACCCCAGUCAGGACCUCAGCUCUACGUCAAAAGAAUUUCUGUCAACAACUUGGAAUUGCGAUGAUCCAGAGACAGCUUUAGCUUCUGUUGAGGUCGCCUUUGGUCUGCAACCUGGAGAGACUGACAUUAUGAACUUCACCAUUCUCCCAACAAAUCAGACUUCGUUUACCAUGCGACAUAGCCUUCGGCUUGGUUUUCGAUAUUUUUCAACGGUCCGAUGCAUCAACAAGCUUGGCCUUAAAGCGGUGUUAUCUUCAGAUGGUGUUGUCUUUGAUGAUUCACCACCAAAAAAGGUUUACGUUCAGGAUGGCGAAUAUCAAAGUUCCUUGACUAACUUGACAGUCAAGUUCAAAUUCGUAGAUGCGGAAAGUGCCGUUCGGCAAUAUAGGAUUACGGUGUGGAAAAGAGGCGCUUUAGAAGAUUCUUUCGGGUCGUUUAUUUUCAACGGUAAUGUCACAACCGCGCAAUUACAGCUCGCAAAAGAUCUUGAAGGCGGAGAAAAUUACUAUGUGAACGUUACAGCGACAAACGGAGUUGAUUUGGAGAACACGGCAUUGUCUGAUGGUUUUACAGUGGAUACGACACCUCCUUUAUGUUCACAAGUUUGGGAUGGAAGAGGUGAUUAUUCACAUGAUGUCGAAUUCACACCAAGUUCCAGUAAACGAGUUAUUUCGUGGGUUUGUUUUGACAACGAGUCCCCAAUGGUCAGAUAUCGUUUUUCAGUCAAAAACGUAAACACAAACACCUUUGUUAUUCCCUUCUACGAGUUAGAAACACCUCUGAACUCUUCAGGAUGGGCAAUCAUUACAGGCGAAGGGCGAAUUGCGCUAAAAUAUGGGGAAGGAGAGAAAUACAUUGUGGGUAUCGAGGUUUCAAACGCUGUUGGCCUUAAAGCGGUGAACUGGACAAAUGGUGUUGUAAUAGAUAGCACACCACCUGUCGUAAACAAUGUAAUGCUGGCAUUUGAUCCCAAAAACAACUCUUUAAAAGCUGAAUGGGUAGCUCGAGAUAAAGAAAGCGGAAUAAAAUCAUUGUCUUGGGGAUUGGGAACUUCGCCGGACGAUGAUAAUGUCAAGAAGUUUACAGAGGUUUCAGUUUUUACAACCAAUAUCAGAAUCUCCAGUGUUUCUCUGAUACUCGGAAAGACCUACUUCUUGAAAAUGUAUGCUGUUAAUGAAGCCGGCUUGUCGAGCACAACCUCUUCCAAUAGCGUUGUUAUUGAUUAUACACCACCUAACCCUGGCACUGUAGUUGCUCAAUUUGUUUUUCCACCAAAUUACGACCGUAGUAAAAACGAAGUACCAGGAUCACGUUUUGUCGUGACUUGGACAGGGUUUAUAGACCAAGAGAGUGGUAUUCAAAAAACAAGCUGGGCACUGGGAACAGACCCUCAGCAACUUAAACAAAGCAUUAUUGGAUUGUAUACUGAGGUUGAUGCCGAUGAUUCCGUUGGGGGUGUUGUUAUCAACAACCAAACUGUCAUUGGAAACCAGACUUACUUUGUUUGUAUAAGGGUAACUAACGGCGCUGGACUCGAAAGAACGGAUUGCUCGCCCGGAAUAAAAGUUAUACUCGGAAAAUUUUCUGCUGGUGAGGUUAGUGACGGCCCAGUUACGUCCGCAAAGGACAUUGACUUCCAACUCGAUGACAAAGCAAUCUGGGCGCAUUGGAAUGGUUUUAAAGAUCCUGUGUUUGGCAUCUCCAAAUAUGAUUGGUGUAUCAGGGACCAACCACCUAAUCCAUCUGGAUAUAGCAUGUGUAAAUGGCCAUUCAUGGAAGUGCUUCAUUUAAAAACAUCAGCCAAUCGCUUUUAUAAUCUAACACUUGAGCACGGAAGGAAAUAUUACAUUACAGUUAGAGCUGAGAAUAGCCGAGGUGAACAUGUUAGCUCAUCCUCCGAUGGUGUUGUGGUAGAUAGAAGUCCUCCAGUUGGAAAAUCAAUCCAUGUCGCACCAGCCACUGGCAAGGAAACGUUGUAUGUAACAUCUUCUUCUGCGCCUGUUGUCACAUGGACUAUGGAUGAUCCUGAAAGUGGUUUGAGCCACUUUCUUGUACGCGUUGGAAACUUUGCAUUCCAAGACGAUCUAAUCAGUUUUUAUCGUGUCAACAGCCUUAGUCGAUCAGUAGAUCUAGACGCGCUAAAUUUGACGCUACGUGAAGGAAUGACAUUUUACGUGACUGUUACUGGUACUAAUAUGCUUGGUUUGGAAACAACUAUGACUUCCCAACAAAUUGUGGUGGACUGGACUCCACCGAUAUCUGGAGAUGUUGUUGAUGGAAACCUAACCUCUGUGGACAGUGAAGAAUAUAUUGACCUUGAUUACCAGCACGAAAAAGGAGUGCUUUCAGCUCACUGGAGUGGAUUCCUAGAUGAUGAGAGUGGCGUCGUCGAGUAUCAGUGGUGUAUAGGAACAGCUCAAGGUAAGCUUAUUUUAAAGGAGCUGUGUCACGAAAUUCAGCCAAAUUAGGAAAUUACAAAAUGCCUGUUAAAUUAAGAGAAACAUAAAAAUAACCGCUUAAAACUUUAAAGGAAGGUUAAAAUGACAUAACAGAAACAACAGAUGCCACGGAUGGGCAAAACUGAAGAACACUGAAACGGAUUGAAAUAAGGGUUUUUGAAAACUGUUCAGCCUAACAGCUUUUCAAAGUUGAUCCCUGCUGCUUGCAACUUCAAAAAUAAUGCUCAGGAGACAUAUUUGGUUGUCUCGGAUCUCUGAUUUUGUCAUGUACCUGUAAUUUCUUUGCUUACUUUAUGUUCCAUAGCCAUUGAGGGCGAGUAAUUGGCAAAAUUUAACAAAAUGAACUGGACUUCCGUGACACAGCCCCUUUAACUCCGUCUGUUGCAAAUGAAGACCCCUAAAUCGAAUUGUCCAGAUGUUUCAGUUGUCAUGUUAACAUUUCAAUAAUGACCAGCAUAAUUCCUUAGUUAUCAGAAUUUAAUGUUUGGAGUAAGGCAAAGCAAUAGUGUUUCAUUUCAAUUUUACUUACGGGACACUUUUUUAGUAUCACAGUUUAAAUAAUAUACCUACCACUACAACAUUAUUUUUCGCGUUUUUGUUACCUUUAGUGAGAUUUUGUUCGAUGGAUUAACAGCUGCUUUACCUUUCCAAGUGGUUUAGCCUCUUCUACUCCACCGUAUUAGACAGUACCUAAUUUAGAGACUGGGCCCUCCUUUGGGUGUUCAAGACUUUUCCCCUCGGAGAAUCGAGAAUUUCGCUUGCAGAUCCUAUUAUUUAUUAAAUAUACACAGAAACGUUCCUUGUUGUAGGUGCUUGUGACGUAAAAGGGAUGACCUUUGCUGGUCUCCAGACAAGUGCACAUCACUUUAUGGCUCUUGACCAGGGCCAGCGGUAUUUUUUCACCGUUGAAGCAUCCAAUGCUGCUGGUUUAAAAGAAAGAGCUUACUCUGAUGGCGUAACAUUAGAUGUCACUCCAGCGGUACUUGGGGAUGUUUUGUAUGACUUACAAACAAGCGGCGUAAAUUCUGCGCCUGAGCAGCCAUCGCAGUCGAUAAGCAGUCGUUUCCGACGAUCUGUUUGGGACACACCAGGCGAUGCAGAUCAGACAGACGAUUUCUCCCCGAGAUCAAGUCUUGCUUUCGCGUCUCCUCAUUCGUGCAAUCUUUCGUGCAGCUUGAAGCAAAAAAACAAUCGCCAACUAAAAUUUUCUUGGAGAAAACCUACAGAUUUCGAAAGUGGAAUUUCUAUUGUGGAAUGGUGUGCAGGCAGCACAACUGGAUCUUGCGAUAUUGUUUCUUGGAGGACCGUGGAACCAAGCACACUGUCAGUAGAACACUCUUUAUCAAGGCCUCUUUCAUCUGGGAUUGAAGUGUUAAUAACAUUAAGAGUAACAAAUGGUGUUGGGAUGGUGUCCACAAGGACUUCAAGGCCACUACUUAUAGACGGGUCCGCUCCCUCCGUUGGCAUCGUUAUGGUUGGCAAUAGGCCGGAGCCUAAGUACUUAAAGAAUGAGGAAUCGCUUCUCGCAGAGUGGAGUGGGUUUAUCGAUCAGGAGAGCGGUUUAAACCACUUUGAGUGGGCUGCUUGUCACGCUAGUUCUAAAGACGAAUGUAUCACGCCUUUCGUAAACAUAGCCCUCAAGACAUCAUUGAAGAAUUCUGCUCUUGAUCUCAAGCCUGGGUUGUCCUACGUUAUAAUAGUCCGAGCACACAACAAUGUUGGGUUGUUCAGUGAAGCUGUGUCGAAUCCCUUUAUACUGGAUGGUACAGCGCCAAUUGCCGGCACCGUUUUUGAUGGUUUAACGGAAUUAAGCGACCUUGAAAUACAGAGCUCUACCAGUGAAAUCUCGGCCAACUGGUCUCCAUUCACCGACUCCAAUGGACGGAUCACAAUGUAUGAAAUAUGCGUAGGAACAAAACAAGAGAAAUGCGAUGUGCGUGGCUUUUUAAGUUUGGGUCUCACUCUUAAAGCCACCAUCUCUGGGUUAAGCCUAAAUCAUACCGGAAAAUACUUCGUCACUGUGAAGGCCACAGAUGAAGCCGGUUACAGCGCCACUGCAUCCUCUAAUGGCAUCCAAGUUGAUAGCACCCCUCCAAUGGAAGGAACUGUCAGGGACGGCCAGACUCUCGCAGACAUCGAUUAUCAAGGAGACGAUACGUUCCUUUUUGCUAACUGGGAUAAGUUCCAGGAUCAGGAAUCAGACAUCUCCAGAUACACAUGGUGUGCUGGGACAAGAAGAAAGACCUGUGACAUUAUUCCUGAGACUGAUGUUGGUGAUCACACAAGUGUAGGUCAGCAGAUUCGUCCACCAUUAGCAACUGGAAUCGUCGUGUUUGUGACCGUCAGCGCCUACAAUGGUGCAGGCGCGGUUACCAGAAUUUCAUCUGACGGGGUGAAAAUAGAUGGAACCGCUCCGGUUAUCUCCGAGGUAGGCUGAAACAUUUGUCUUUCUUUUUGUUGACUUUGGUUUAUUUCACUCAUAUAAGACCUUCAGAGAUCUUCGGUGAUCUUCAGCGAAAUUUACUUUUUUCUAUCAUUAAUUUAUGGCUCGAUACCUUGGGUCUCUAGUUAUAGACUGAUGUAUUGAGUGAUUAAGACAAAGUCAUGAGAAGAUGGCCAGAAUAUGAUCGUCUGGCUUAGUUUUGUUCUAAAUAGCCUUGUUAUUGACAGUGACUAAUGUUUAGACAAACUGUGCGAUAGUCCCCUUCAGAGUCAAAGUGAGUUGUAUCUUGUCAGAUAAAGGUAAUUAACUCUGGUUAUUGGCCUGAUUGGUCAAUUAAGUCGAGAAGUUAUUAGUCCUGAUCUUCUGUCAGUUAAUCCGUGAUUUCAUUGACUAUGACCACUCUAAAUGUGAGUGGUGCGUUUCGAUACGCCUUUUCUGUUUUUGGUUUUUAAAUUGCGGUUUGUCUAGACAUUCCAUCAUUGUACGUUUUGCUUGAGUCUGUCAAUAAGUCGCUUGUAAGGAUCCGGCAACUGCUGACUAAAAUUCAGCGGAUAAAGCUUUCCCCACACUUCUUCCAAUUGUGUAGCAAUUUGUAGGCCGGUUGAAUGGCAAAAGGCCGAUAUACAUCGUCGUAUUUUCAGCUUAAGUUUAUCUUUACUGAUAUUUUUUUAGGUCAUGGAAAUGCAGCUGGGAUCUGGCAAUAACGAUAAAGAUUAUAUUACUGCAAAAGAUGCCUACUGUGCUAAGUGGAGCUUAAGUGACUUGGAAAGCGACAUUGCGACCAACGAACUGUCUGUCUGUUCCGUUAUUGAUAAAAAUGACUGCUUACUCCAUAACCUUGAUGUAGGCACUCGUUCAAUGAUCUGCAUUUCUGACCUGGAGUUUAAAGAAGGGGUAAAGUACAUAACAAAAAUUCGCUCAACGAACUUCGUCCAAAGUUCCAGUGAGAUGUUUUCGAAUGGUUUUGUCGUUGACUCAACACCUCCAAUUUUGGGGGAGGUCACCCACGUUGAAAAUUUACCUUUUAGGGUUGAGGCCCAAGUAUUUACGCACUCAAAGAUCUCUGUAGAAUGGACCGGUUUCUUGGACAAGGAAAGCGGGGUCAAAUCGUAUUAUCUUUGCGUAGGUAUGGGGGGCGGUGACUGUAACGUCAUGAACUUUACUGAAAUCGGCAACUCAACAAGUUAUACUUUGGAGCAUUUAUCACUUUCUCAGGGUGCAACAUACUUCGUUUCCAUAAAAGCAGAGAACAUGGCUGGACUUAUUAGCGAGGUGAAGUCUUCCAGUGGCGUUAUUGUUGACAAGACAGGCAAGUAAUUUUGUAACUUACUCAGCAAUAAUUUACGUAAAUUUGCGACGUGACGACAUAAGAAAGGAAGGAUCUUAAUGAAAGCCUCGAUACAGAUAAGAGCAGGCUUAUUGCUAAUGACAUUUAAAAAGAUUAAAUGUUUUCCGUAUUUCCCUCUCAAAUCUCUUUUUUCGAAACUUGCAAAACACAGUGUAUAUGGAAAAUCUUGAAAGCAAAUGAAGAAUUCCGGGGUGCGCUUAUUUUCAUUUCAGUGCAAAGGCGCAAAAUACUUAUGUUUUACCCUCUAGUUAAUCUUAUUUAUGUCAAUCACUUUUACCUUAGGUCCUGUUAA